AUGAUCUGUUUUAUUUUGUUCCUCACAGAAGUUAUUUUGUUAUUUGUGUCAUCUGGUUUUUGGUCGUUGUCCGACGUCGGAUUUUAUGAAGACUCUGGGGAUAUAGAUUUCCGCACGAAAAUAAGCAUGAAGUUAUACCGUGAUGAUUGUUCGUCGGCUCUUUGUCGUCUGGAUGGAUGGACUUGUGUGUUUGCUCGGAUCAUAUCUGCUGAACCUCUGGAAGUGGAAGAUGGGACAGGUCGGCUUUUAUUAAACAGAAUUGCUGAAGAUAUAUCUAUUGAGGAUGUUCACUCCAAUGAUUAUUGCUAUCUACUGCUAGAUACCACUGUUCGACCGAUUCGAUGCAUCCGUAUCACUGUUGUACCAGUUGAAAUUGCGCCGCUUGCUCACUACCAGCUGAAGCUUGUUCGUGAUUUGGAAGAAAAGCAGUUUAGUUUGCCACUGUAG